AUGUCGACGUCCUCUGCGUCACCGCCGCCGCCAACCCCCGGGACCAAGGCCUCGACGGCCCAGCUUCGCAUCCUGACGCUCAACGUAUGGGGCCUCAAGUACAUUUCCAAGCUGCGUUUCGAGCGGAUACGGCAGAUUGCAUUGCGUCUCCACUCGCCCUCAACGCCCACGUACGAUUUUGUAUGCCUUCAGGAAAUCUGGUACGAGUCGGUCGACUGGCGCCAGCUCCAGGCCCUCCUCUCGAGCCGGUAUCCGCACACCAAGUUCUUCCUCUCGGGCGCCUUUGGCAGCGGCCUUGCCAUCCUCUCACGCUGGCCCAUCCUCGAGACGCGCACUCAUCCCUACAGCCUCAACGGUCUGCCCAUCCACGUUCAGCAAGGGGACUGGUUUGUCGGCAAGGCGUGCGGCGCCAUCACCGUCCACCACCCCGAGCUCGGCCUGGUCGACGUGUGGAACACCCACUUUGUCGCCGCGGGCGGAGAGGACGGGCCCGAGAGCCGCAGGGCCCACCGCAUCACCCAGGCCUACGAGCUCGCCACCAACGCCAGGAACAGCGCAAAACGCAACAGGCACACGAUCGUCUGCGGCGACCUCAACUCGACCCCGCCCGCCCUCUGCCUACGCCUCCUUAGGGACGUCGGCGGCUUGUUUGACAGCUGGGCCGAUUCUCGGCCGGGCGCAGACCCGUUCGCCACCGAGCUGCCGCCCUCUGCUACCGGCAGCGGCGCAAGAUCGGGUCGCACCGCCAUCGACCCCGAACGCGCCCUCGUCGACCUCGGCGUCACGUGCGACUCGCCGCUCAACUCGUGGACGGCGGGCAAGAAGCUCGACGCGAGAGCCCAGCGCGGAGCAGGCAAGCGCCUCGACUACAUCCUCUACCGCGGUCCGGAAGUCGUCGAACCGAGCAACGACGUGCACCCUUCGUCGGUGCCGGCAGCCGCGUCGACGCUGGCCUACGAAGCGAGCGAGUCGACCAGGGGCAGGCUGCAGUGCACGGCGAGUCGCGUCGUCUUCACCGAGCCCUCGCCGGCGCUCGAGGGCAUCAGCUUGUCGGACCACUUUGGAGUCGAGUCCAUCCUCGACAUUCUCCCACCACCACCAGCAGCGUCUUCCUCGUCGGCCAAGCACACGCACAAGCACGGCGUCGCACCGUCCUCGAGCGAUGUGGCGAUCACGACGAGCCGCGCCAAGAGCAUUCAGACGACGCUGGCUGCCGCCAUGCAGGCUCUGGCGGGUGGGCAUGCCGGAUCGCGGCGCACGCAGCGCAGCCACUUUGGCGUGUUCGCCGCUGCGCUCGGCGUUGCGGUCACCUCGGUCGUCGCGAGCAUCUUCCAGCCUCUGUCCGGGGUCAAUCCGCUCCUCGUCCUCCUUGGCGUCGUGGCGGGCUGGGCGGGAACGACGAUGCUCUACAGCGCCGUCGUCUGGUUCGAAUGGGAGAAACGUACGCUCCGGACCGUGCUAGAGAUGAUGGAGCUGGAAAUGGACCAGACGCGUCGACUCGCCCUUUUACCCUCGCGGACCCCGUCGUCGUCGUCGAUCCGGCCCAUCGGCGGCGGCGGCGGCGGCGGCGGCGGCAGCGGCAGCGGUGGGGGGGACGGGAUAGCCGAGCGCACACCACCGUCGCAGGAACAGGGUGGCAGCAGCUCGGGUCCAAGGGCAGGCUCGUCGUCGCACAGCAGCGGCGCCGCUUCGCCCCUGCCCCAUGUCCGGGAGGGCAACCUCAUCUGA